GGCGGGACAAAUUGCCGCGGGUUCAGUGCCGCCAGUGGAACCGGGAGAUGCGGCGCAGGAGCUGUCGCUGUGUUGGCUUUUUCCUGAGUCUUGUGUCUUAUUGCGGUUCCUUCUGCGGCUUGGAUCAUGUUGUUACCCUCGGACGUAGCCCGGCUGGUAUUGGGUUACUUACAACAGGAAAACCUCUCUUCUACUUGCCAGACUUUUAUUUUGGAAAGUUCACAUUUAAAAGAAUAUGCAGAACACUGUACAGAUGAAGGUUUUAUCCCAGCCUGCUUACUGUCCUUAUUUGGAAAAAACUUGACAACAAUUUUGAAUGAAUAUGUGGCUAUGAAAACAAAAGAAACAUCAAAUCAUGUCCCAGCAAUUAUGUCAUCUCUGUGGAAGAAGUUAGACCAUACACUUUCUCAGAUCAGGAGCAUGCAAAGUUCCCCAGGGUUUGCUGCCAAUCAGAGAGCUCGAACAAGAAGUGGAAUUGCAGAAAUCAAACGGCAGAGAAGGCUUGCAUCUCAAGGAGCUCCCGUCAGUUCAGAGUUGCUGACUUUACCGUAUCUUUCAGGACAAUUUACUACUGCUCCUUUGACAGCUACACAAGUUAUUCGGCCAACUAGCCAAACUUCAGUUCCUUUGAGGUCGAAUUUUGUAGUGGUUAAUCAUUCACAGUCACAAGACACUGUGACCACGGGAGAGGCUUUAAAUAUCAUUCCUGGUCCUCAGGAGAAGAAAACUCAUGCCAGUUUAAUGUCUCCUGGUAGACGCAAAAGUGAAUCUCAAAGGAAAAGUAUCACUUUGUCUGGGCCUCAAUCAACGAUACGGAAUUUCCAGGAUCCAAAUGCAUUCGCAGUAGAAAAACAAAUGGUUAUUGAAAAUGCACGAGAAAAAAUACUAAGCAACAAAUCUCUUCAAGAAAAGCUUGCAGAAAACAUUAAUAAAUUUUUGACUAGCGACAACAAUAUUGCUCAAGCACCUAAGCAAACAGAUAACAACCCUACUGAACCAGAGACUUCAAUUGAUGAACUCCUGGGACUUCAGAAUGAAAUUCACAUGUCUGAAGAAGCUAUACAGGAUAUAUUGGAACAGACAGAAUCAGAUCCAGCAUUUCAGGCACUCUUUGAUCUCUUUGACUAUGGUAAAACAAAGAAUAAUAAAAAUAUAUCACAAGGCAUUUCCAGUCAGCAUAUGGAAACCAAUCCCAAUGUAGUCUUAGCAGAUGAAACUAAUCUAGCAGUUAAAGGUUCUUUUAAAACAGAAGAAUCUGAUGAUCAAUCUGGUCAACCCUCAUUUUGUACAUCUUAUCAAAAUGAAGACACAUCAAAUGCUUUGAAGAACGUCAGCAACCAUGAUGAGCUUAGACAAGAAGCCCAGGAACAUUUUUCCCAGACAGGCUCUAGCAUCCAGAAAAAGGCCUUCAAAACAAUUAUUCCUACUGAACAGAAGAGUAACCUUGAUAUUACCUUUGAAUCUGUGCCUAAUUUAAAUGACUUUAACCAAAGAGUAAAUUCUGAUGCCGAAUGUAAUCAGCAGUGUCCUGAAUUAUAUACCAGUCAGAUGUCCACUGAAACCGAAAUGGCUGUGGAAGUUGAAAAGAAUUCCUUGUCUCCAAAUGUACCAAAUGAAUCUCAGUUACAGCCUGAUCAGUCUGAUAUACCAAUAACUUCAUUUGUUUCCCUUGAUGGUGAAACUAACAAUGAAAACUUAAUUCUUUCUGGGAAAAGUUCUCAACUUUUAUCCUCAAAUAUACCAUUAACUGGAAAACCAUCUAAAAAAAGUCAAUUUUGUGAAAGUUCUAACGAUACAGGAAGACUUAAAACUAAUUUCCAUGGUUCUAAGUCACCAGAUUCUAGAGAAAUUCACCAGAGUAGAAUUGAAAUUAAUAAUGUAUUACCAGUUGUAUCACAACUUUCAGAUUGCCAAGAUAAUUCUUCACUUCAAAGUAAAAUAUUACCUGUGUCUGUUGAAACUUCAGGUUUAAAUGUAUCUGAACAAGAAGUAGAAAUUUGUCUUGGAGAUUCAAUAUCUUCAAUUAAAGAACCAUCUAAUGAUGCAUCAUGUGUUGAGUUAAAUCAUACACACCAUGAACUGCAGCCCUCCAAAUCUGAGAAAGUUGCUUUGGAUUUACAAGAGCCCUCAUCUUCCGUAAAAGAAGAUGGCAAUAGUAUUUUUCUCUCUCUAGGUGAGAAUAACUGUGAGGAAGUUGCACUGAUGCCUCCAGAAAGUAAUCUUAUAGAAGAUAGACAUUCUGUUCCUCCAGAAUCUGUGUGUUCUUCAGUGGUAGAUUCUCACCCCAAGUCCCAAAAUACUAGUGAUAAACCUGCUAGCGACAACGCAACAGAGAUAGAUGCAUCGAAUAUUGUCUCUCUCAAAAUUAUCAUCAGUGAUGAUCCAUUUGUUUCCUCAGAAACAGAACUUAACAGUGCUGUUUCUAGUAUCAGUGGUGAAAAUUUGCCAACUAUAAUUUUGUCAUCUGCUAAAUCACCUGCCAAAAAUGCAGAAAUAGUUAAACGCCUAUCUUCAGAAGAAAUGGCAGGUGCUAUCUCAUCUGCUGAAGUAAUAAGGGAUUCAGCCUCAAUGGAACAGAGCCUUUUAGUGCUUAAACCCGAAGACUCUGCAGUAAACAGCACUCAGAAUGAAGAGAGCAUUGCUUUUUCAGCCAGUGUUACACCAUGUGUUUCCAAGGAUGGAGGGUACAUACAGUUGAUGCCAACUACAAGCACAACUUUUGGCAAUUCAAAUAACAUUCUGAUAGCUACCUGUGUAACUGAUCCAUCAGCCUUAGGAACAACUGUAAGUCAAUCUAAUGUUGUGGUGCUGCCUGGGAAUUCUGCACCUCUGAGUGCCCAACCUCCACCACCUCAACUACAGACACCACCAAGGUCAAACAGUGUAUUUGCUGUCAACCAAGCUGUGUCACCCACUUUUUCACAAGGAUCUGCUAUCAUAAUUGCUUCUCCAGUUCAGCCUGUACUCCAAGGAAUGGUAGGAAUGAUUCCUGUGUCUGUGGUUGGACAGAAUGGAAAUACAUUUUCUGCUCCUCAGCCGGUCCUUCAUAUGCCUUUGGCAGCACCCGUAUGCAAUAGAAGUAUCCCUCAAUUCUCCAUACCUCCAAAAUCUCAGAAGACUCAGGGACUAAGAAAUAAGUCUUGUACAGGAAAGCAGGUAAAUAAUUUGGUGGAUUCAUCAAGUCAUUUAGUUGGAUGUCAUGCACAAAGAAUUGAAGUUUCUGACAAGAAUAUGGCAAUAGAUCUUGGGAAAAAACUGGAAGAAAUCACAGUUCCCUUCUCAGUAGAGAAUAUAGUUCCAACUAGCAAACCAUUUGAAAGCCACAGACGUGUGCUCUGUUUUGAUAGCACUGCUUCUCCUAUGGCAAAUACACAGGGGACAAACCAUAAGAUGGUCUCCCAAAACAGAGAAAAGAAUGACGUUUUAUUUCCUAAUCUUGAUUCGUCCAUGAUGUCUUCUGCCUUAAAACCCCCUUCUAAUAAUGCUCUCAAAAAGGAGAGAGAGAAACCUCCUGUGCCUAAGAUUUUAUCUAAAUCAGAAACUGCCAUUAACCGACACAUCACCGUAAAAGAAACUCUGUCAGAAAAGAAAAUUUCACCAACAGAAGUUGGACUGGAAUCUUUUCAUAAAGCAACAGCUAAUAAGGAGAAUGAAUUAUGCAAUGACGUGGAAAGGCAGAAAAAUCCAGAAACUUCAAAACUGUCUAAUGGGCAGCAAAAUGGGGGUUUACGGAAUGAGAAAACUAUAGCUUCACUGCAGGAACUAACCAAAAAACAAGGAACAUCCUCAAAUAGUAAAAAUGUCAUUUCAGUAGGUGCAGCCAUGAAGGAUCUAAAACAGGAACAAACCAAAUCUGCCAAUUCUUUGAUUAAUCCGCUAAGUAAACAUACCACAGAAAUGUUACAGGAUAUUCAGCGACAUAGCCCAGUAAAUAGGCUCACUGAUAGUACUCAUUUAUCUGUACCCCGUACAUCUGGCUCAGGGGCAGGGGAAAAACAUAAAGAAGAACCUACAGAUGGUAUCAAGGUCCCUUCUAGUAGGCGUUUCAUUGAAGAUAGUAGUACACCCAAAGUAAUGGUCCCUCCUGUCACCCCAGACUUGCCUGCCUGCAGCCCUGCCAGUGAAACAGGGAGUGAAAAUAGUGUAAACAUGGCUGCCCAUACAUUAAUGAUUCUCUCCAGAGCAGCUAUUUCUAGGACUACAUCAACAACUCCUCUAAAAGACAAUACACAACAGUUUAGAGCAUCUUCAAGGAACACCACAAAAAAGCGGAAAAUUGAGGAAUUAGAUGAGCGUGAGCGAAACUCUCGUACUUCUAAUAAAAAUAUUGCAAAUUCAUCAGUACCAAUGAAAAAGAAGAGAAUUAAGAAAAAGAAGCUACCCAGUUCAUUUCCAGCUGGAAUGGAUGUGGACAAAUUUUUAUUAUCCUUGCAUUAUGAUGAGUAAACAUUCUGAACAUAUAAAUACAAUAGCUGUUUAAAACUCGUAUCCCUUAAACUC